AUGAACUACCCCCUAACCCUGGACAUGGACUUCAUGAACUACAACCUGGAGGACCUGUACAAGGAAUUAGGCAGCUACAAUGACAGUACGGAGACCCACACAAUGGAAAAUCACCUCUGCUCCACAGUUGAGGGGCCCCUGCUGACCUCCUUCAAGGCCGUGUUCGUGCCCGUGGCCUAUGGGCUCAUCUUCCUCCUGGGCAUGAUGGGCAACAUCCUGGUGCUGGUGAUCCUGGAGCGGCACCGGCAAACGCGCAGCUCAACCGAGACCUUCCUGUUCCACCUGGCGGUGGCCGACCUCCUGCUGGUCUUCAUCCUGCCCUUUGCUGUGGCCGAGGGCUCCGUGGGCUGGGUCCUGGGCAGCUUCCUCUGCAAAACCGUGAUUUCUCUGCACAAGAUCAACUUCUACUGCAGCAGCCUGCUCCUGGCCUGCAUCGCCGUGGACCGCUACCUGGCCAUCGUCCACGCCGUCCACGCCUACCGCCACCGCCGCCUCCUCUCCAUCCACAUCACCUGUGCAACCAUCUGGCUGGCGGGCGUCUUCUUCGCCUUGCCAGAGAUCCUUUUCGCCAAGGUCAGUCAACCCCAUUACAACGACUCUCUGCCACGCUGCACCUUCCCCCAAGAGAACCAGGCCGAAACCAAUGCCUGGUUCACCUCCCGCUUUCUCUAUCACAUCGGAGGAUUCCUGCUGCCAAUGCUGGUGAUGACCUGGUGCUAUGUCGGGGUGGUGCACAGGCUGUGCCAGGCCCAGCGGCGUCCUCAGCGGCAGAAGGCGGUCAGGGUGGCCAUCCUUGUGACAAGUGUCUUCUUUCUCUGCUGGUCACCCUACCACGUCGUUAUCUUCCUGGACACCCUGACGAGGCUGAAGGCCCUGGGCAGUAGCUGUGAGUUCAAUGGCUAUCUCUCCGUGGCCAUCACCAUGAGUGAGUUCCUGGGCCUGGCCCACUGCUGCCUCAAUCCCAUGCUCUACACGUUUGCCGGCGUGAAGUUCCGCAGUGACCUGUCGCGGCUUCUGACCAAGCUGGGCUGUGCCGGCCCUGCCUCUCUUUGCCAGUUCUUCCCUAGUUGGCGCAAGAGCAGCCUCUCGGAGUCAGAGAAUGCCACCUCCCUCACCACCUUCUAGGUCCUAGCCCCCCUUUGUUUCUGCUUUCCUUGGGGCAGGCAGUGAUGCUCGAACUCCUUCCAACAGGAUCUGGGAUC